AUGGUUGUUAUUGAAAUUAAAACAAAAGAUGAAUUUGAUAACUAUAUAUCUCAAGGAAAAUUGAUACUCGUCGAUUUCUAUGCUGUAUGGUGUGGACCUUGUAAAAUGAUAAGUCCGAAAGUUGAAGCUUUAUCCAAUGAUGCCGAAUACUCUGGAGUUGUAUUUUUGAAAGUUGAUGUAGAUAACGGAAAUCUUCAAAAACUAAGUCAAGACUAUGAAAUUUCAGCGAUGCCAACUUUCAUAUUUUUCAAAGAUGCUAGUGGAAAUUCAAAAGACAAAUUGGUGUCACCGACACCUUGA